AUGCCGAUUGAUUUUACUCUGACUCCUUACCAGGAGAAGCUCAAGGCGGAUGCAAGGAAGUUUGCGCAAGAGGUCUUGGUCCCAACGCGUGAUGCUUAUCUGAAACUGCCCACGCAAGAGGAGCGUUUCCGGGCCACCAGGGAAGCGUACGCCAAGUGCGUCGCAGAGGGAUGGAUCAAGAUCCAGAUCCCAGAGAGUGAAGGAGGUUCGCGCAAGAGCCUGGUUGACCUGGCCCUGAUCACCGAGGAGUUCUUCGCUGCUGACUCCAGCUUUCCCAUCACAUGGCUCGUGACAGGCUUAGGCCUAGCCCCGAUCUUCAUGUACGGGAACGCGGAGCAGAAGAAGAGGUUCUUGGCACCCUUUAUCGACUGCAAAGGGGACGCGCUGGCGGCUCUGGGCUUUACCGAGCCCACUGGCAGCGCCAACUACCUGCAGAAUGAGGGCGGAUUGGGCGUGCAGACUCUGGCCAAGAUCGAGGGCGACGAGGUUGUCAUCAAUGGCGGCAAGCAGUUCGCCUCUAAUAGUGCUGGGUGGGAUUUUCGGGGUCCCGAAAUCUUGACCUUGCUGUGUCGGUUUAGCGACAAAGGAGACCCCAAGGAGUCACUGUCUAUGGUGGUUCUGACUCGCGCCGAUUUUGAAGCCGACAAGAACAAAGGCGCAUUUGAGGUGCUCUACGACAUCGAGACGCAUGGGUUCCGUGCACAUUCAGGACCGCGCACCAAGUUCACCAAUUUCCGCGUUUCGGUCAAGAAUAUCCUGGCACCGCCGGGCAAGGGGGCAAUGGUCAAUGUGGCAGCCUUCACCGAGUCGGCAGCGCUGGUGGGUGCUGGUUCCGCGGGCUUGAUGCGGAGCUGCUUCGCACACACGCACAAGAUCGUCACCACUGAGAAGCGCGGCGGCAGUGUCCCGACAAUCAACUAUCAGUCCGUUGCUGACUUCCUCAUCAGUAUGAAGAUGCGCGAGGAAACCACCCGCUACCUUACCUGGAAGGCGUGCCACUAUCUCGAGACCACGGGCGAGGCGGAGAUGGCCUAUCAGGCCAAGGUCUGGGGCUCUGAGAACGCUAUCCAGUGCGUCCUGGAGGCCAUGCAGGCGGUCGGCGUCACCGCGUACGCUACGUCGCAGCCGUAUGGCCAGAUGAUGGACGACGCCCUGUGUCUGCCCUUAUUCGAGGGUUCCAACACUGGAAUUCGGCGUCGUCAGAUCCAGAAGAUUUUCUCACAGGAGGGAUAUGAUCCGGAGUCAUGCGCGAGCGGCAAGCCGUGGAGUAAAUCGUUGAUGGACUUCCCCAAGGGAUUCUUGAGUGUUUACACUUGA